UGCAGCUGUUUGUUCGGUCCCCGGUGCAGCGGGAUGUCGGUGAAGGAGGGCGGUGCUCCGGUGGCCCGCACCGUGCUGCAGCAGUGUGUGCAGGCCCGGCUGCAGGUGAGCCCCGCAGAGCAGGACACGGAGGCUCAGUUCGUCCAGAUCGACAGAGGCGUGGUGAUCUACCUGUGCUUCUUCAAAGGAGCCAAUGAGGAGCUGCUGCCCAGGAUGGUGUCCUCCCUGCUGAACCUGCGGCUGUGUGAGUCUGCCUCGGGGAAGAUGGUGUCGGUUCUGGAGCUGCCCGGCAGCCUGCUGAUCGUCCCUCAGGCCACGCUGGGCGGGAAGUCCAAAGGCCGGGCGGUGCAGUACCACAGCAACAUCAGCAAAGAGGACGGGCGGAGGCUGUACGCCGCCUUCGUCUCGCUGUGUGAGCAGGAGGUGACAGCUGCUGCUGCUUCCUCAGCCGGGACUGGACCAGGCGUGACGGUCCAACACGGGACGUACGGAAACAGACAGGUGCUGAAGCUGGACACCAACGGGCCGUACACACACCUGAUGGAGUUCUGACCCGUGGAGGUCCAAACGGACUCUGGGUUCAUGUCAAACAUGUGGAUGAUUUCUGUGAUUCACAUCAGGUGACAUCACAGAAACGUCCUGGAGGAGGUUCAUCCAGGUGAUCAGGUGAUCAGGUGAUCAGGUGAUCCUCAGGAUGCUGCAGGACUCUACAAAAUAAAAGUUGUUAAUUUGAUGUUUGAACAUUUACAGAUGAAUGUUUACCUGUAGGAUGGGUUCAUUAAUAAAUCACCAGGUGAAGCUGA